AGCCCCCGAGCGUGACAGACGUGCCUUGUGGUUGCCUUGAAGAUCGUGUCGUGAUGGCGAAGACGUUGCUGUUGGCGCUGGGCGUGAUGGCGAUGGCCGCCGGCUGGGCCGAAGCUACCACGAUCUCGGUCGCAGCGGAGCAUCCCAGAUUUCCAGGAUUGUGCUGGACUGAGACGGGGCCUAUCAAGCCAAACGACUUCUUUUAUUUGCCCCACUGUACACGAGGGCAUUGCUACCGUGACGAAUCUGGAAUGGUGAUCAAUUAUGAAACUUGCCCGCCGGUGCAGCAAAAAGAAGGCUGUUUAGUGGGAGCGGAUUUGAAGCAUAAUUACCCCGGCUGCUGCCCCAGACUCCUGUGCAACUAGUGGAUUGUCAAUAGCCUCGUGGUAGCGGAUUGAUUUAAGACGGGUUUUGAUAUGCUUCGUCAUCCCCUACGCAUUCGCUUUGAUAGCUUAUCCUACAAGAGCGAACUGUUCGAUCGUAAACAAGAAAUCUAUUCGUAGAUUUGUAGAUUCGUCGGCUGUUGCUCAAGAAUGAAAUCGGCGGAUGGAUCUUUACCUUCUUGUGUAAAAUAAAUCAUGGGAUUCCUAUACCCUUUCUUUAUUCUU